AUGAUGCCGCUCUACUUUGAUAGCCGCUUUGGCCGGCGAUCUUUCCCCUGGGCUGCGCCAGUCCACUACAGCCACGGGGUCGCAAGGUGUGCAAGUCCUCCUGCCACAAGCGAGGUUCCCGUAACGGAGGCAGCGACUAUAAACCUCAACGAGAUUUACAUGAAGAUUCUGGUCCAUACAAGUGUUAGAACAGUGGGAGCGAUGGUGCUAUCCGCCGUACCGGCGGUGUUGUGUUUCCGGAGCGCAGGCGCCAGGAUGUUCUUCGUGGGGGCAACGGGGGGAGCAGUAGGAGGAUGGAAUCUCCACGUCGCAGAUACAAUCCUGAAAGAUCCUUUGAAGAAUAGAAGUAUGAUCCCAAAGGUGGCAACGGUUGCUAAAUGUGCGGAGGAGUUGCAGCGUGAAUAUUACGAAGCCCUCGGUCGAGGAUUCGACUUCGAAAGGCUUUCAAAAGGCGUAGAUUGGGUCAAGGACAGACUCACUAGCUCAUGGAAGGCCAUUUCUUCGGCGUCCUCUACGACAACUCAACGUGGCGACCAGGACACCAAGAAAGAUUGA